GAUGGUGUACGUGCUGGUUGGUUUGGUCAGCCUCCCUCUGCUGGUCACCGUGCUGUGGCUGCUGCGCCAGUUGUGGCGCAUGCUGGCCUCCUGCGCCGGCCGGGGCUGCCCCGCCACAGCGCGCUGCGCCAGUCGGCCCGACCACGGCCUGGAGGAGGUCGUGAUCAUACCCGCCGACCACCAGUUGCACUGCUCAGUUCCUCAUCUGAAGGAACAGGGCGUGCCGUCUUCUAGCAGUGCCCUGCUGCGUGAUGGGCCACUACCAUCUUCUCAAGAACAACACCAGUUUUCACCUGCUUCUCUGAUGGAAGAGAUGUUGCUUGCGUCGACUCGUGAACAGAUGCAGAGUGCAUCAACACCUCAGCUGUACGACUGCUCACUUGCCUCUUCUCGCGAGCAGAUGAUGUCUACUUCUGCUCCUCUGGACGAAGAGGUGAUGCUGAUGUCCAUCCAUGACCAGCUGCAGGUGGAAUAUAGGGAACUGGUGACCAGCCACCACCAAAUGCUCUUGUAUUCAACGGCUCCUCAAGCGGAAUGCGUUAAGGGGUUAUUCGUUGAUGACCAGUCUCCUAGCCGUCACACAGAAGAGACGGAACUAGAGGCCACAUGCGACCAGGAUCAAGCGGUGCUUUCACCUCCGAUGCAGGAUUUGGAAGCGUUUUCCAUCCCUGAUGCCUUCGCUCCUGCCGAUGCCGACAGUGACAACCCACAGUAUCCCCAGGAGUCAGGGAAAAUCAGCUUUAUGAAAUCAACCUUAUCAGCAGUUAUGACAGCCAGCAUCUCUGGCCUUAGGUUACUGCAAAGGACGUGGUUGGUUUUGGCUUCUAUUACACCCUAUUGGCUCCACGGCAUCACUCAACACCGAAACAUCCAGCUUACUUAUCGGAGAGAAGUGGGGGAGGUGUUUAAUGCUUACCCUCCCGAACACCGACAAAAAUCGCUAUUGUCUCCGAGAGAAGAGGCCUUUGAAUUUUAUUCUCUUGAACAACUGGUAGUCGACACAUCGUUUCCGAGGAAAGAGGUAUGUGAGACCUAUCCCCCCGAGCAGCUGCAUGAGUCACCAUCAUCGCCAAGGGAAGAGGCCUUUGAAAAUUAUCCUUCUGAGCAGCUGCAAGAUUCACCAUCAUCUUUGAAGGAAGAGGUCUACGAGACUUAUCCUCUUGAACAGCUGCAAGCAUCAACAUCAUCUUCAAGGGAAAGGGCUGUUGAUGCUUAUCCUUCCGAGCAGCUGCAAGACUCACCAUUAUCUUUGAGGGAAGAUGUCUAUGAGACGUAUCCUCCCGAGCUGCAUGAAGCACCAUUAUCCCCAUGGGAAGAAACCUUUGACACCUAUCCUCCCGAGCAGCUGCAAGAUUCGCGAUUAACUUUGAGGGAAGAUGUCUAUGAGACUUAUCCUCUUGAACAGCUGCAAGCAUCAACAUCAUCAAGGGAAAGGGCUGUUGAUACUUGUUCUCCCGAGAAGCUGCAAGACUCACCAUCAUCUUUGAGGGAAGAGGUCUAUGAGACAUAUCCUACCGAGCUGCAUGAAGAACCAUUAUCUCCAUGGAAAGAGACUUUAUUCACUUAUUCUCCCGAGCAGCUGCAAGAUAAGCGAUUAACUUUGAGGGAAGAUGUCUACGAGACUUAUCCUUUUGAAGAGCUGCAAGCCUUAACAUCAUCUUCAAGGGAAGGGGCCUUUGAUGCUUAUCCUCCCGAGCAGCUGCAAGAGUUUCCAUUCCCUUUGAAGGAAGAGGUCUAUGAGACAUAUCCUACCGAGCUGCAUGAAGCACCAUUAUCUCCAUGGGAAGAAACCUUUGACACCUAUCCUCCCGAGCAGCUGCAAGAUUCGCGAUCACCUUUGAGGGAAGAGGUCUACGAGACUUAUCCUUUUGAAGAGCUGCAAGCCUCAACAUCAUCUUCAAGGGAAGGGGCCUUUGAUGCUUAUCCUCCCGAGCAGCUGCAAGAGUUUCCAUUCCCUUUGAAGGAAGAGGUCUAUGAAACAUAUCCUCCAGAGCAGCUGCAUGAGUCACCAUCAUCUCUGCAGGAAGAGGCCUUUGAGAAGUAUCCUUCUGAAAACCUAAAUGUAUCGACAUUGUCUCCAAAAAAAGAGGUCUUUGUGACUUAUUCUCUUGAACCGCUGCAAUCAUCGACAUCAUUUCCGAGGGAAGAUGUGAAUGAGACUCAUUCUUCCGAAAAGCUGCAAGUGGUAUCACCAAACAUUAAAAACAAAAGUUCUGUGACCUUUACCUACUAUAAGCUACAACUACCACCGUUUCCUCCACAUCUAGUUCCUUUGAAAGAAGUGCUGUAUGAAACAUUUCCUCCUUUGAAAGCUGAUAUUGUCACUACCCCUUCAGAAUAAAGAGUAAAUUUUGCGAUAAUCCAAUGACCGAGUUUCUAUCGCCCCUUAAGGACCAUUUCCUAGACCAAAUGCACAUGUAAUUCUCUUUUCCAUGGGUGAGUGGUAAUAGUACCACUGACAUGCAUACUUUCCCAAGAAGCAAUUUGAGGUCACAGUAGCCUUUUCGUCAACUGAAUGGUUACGGUGAGCCUUAGAACAUCAGCGUACAAUGUACAACGAUUCAAAAGGAACAUUACGACAGCUUCGAUGCCAAACCGAUUGAUCUAAUGAUUCUGUAGAACUAAAUUGCCGCUGUGAUCUAUAAGUCGAAAAAGGGACUGGGGCAUUCCAAAAAGGAUAAUUUUUUUGUGAACUCAACUCUAAAUGUUCUACUUAUCUUAAACCAUUUCUUUACAAAUAAAAA